UUGAUAUCCUCUUGUCGCAAUGGAAUUUCCGGAGACCGGCAAACGCUGCUCGGUGAAGGACUGCAAAUUGUUGGACUUCUUGCCGUUCGUGUGCGAGCAUUGUCAGGUCACUUUCUGUAAAGAGCAUUUCAAUACGGACUCGCAUGAGUGUUCGAAAACGGAGAACACGAAAUCUGUCGUGGAACAAUCGGCAACAAGCUUUCUGUGCUCUAAGGAAUCUUGCGAGGACGCAUCCCCGAUCGAGAUGCCUUGUGCCAGCUGUAAGCAGCACUUUUGCGUAGCGCACAGGCAUCACGGAUGCUUGGAGUUGAGCGAAACGGAGAGGACGCAGAAGCUGAAGAAGUGGCAGAUACCAAAGAAACAGUUUGCGGAGGCAAAGGCCAUAGUAGAUCAACAAAUCGCGGACAGUCUGAAGAAAUCCAAGAACACGACAUUGGCAAAUAAGGUACAACUUAUGCGUGUGAAAUGUUCCGCGAUCGGCCCCAAGAACGUACCGACGAGCGAGAGGAGUUACUUCCUCGUACAUUUGCCGCUCACAGUUAAGAACAAACACAUAGGCACGUCGAAGGGCGCCUUCGUCAACAUGCACUGGACGAUCGGCAAGUGUAUAGACUCGAUAGCGGACACGCUUAAGGUACCCAACAACAAUAACACAGCCACCGCGAAUAAGUUAAAGCUCUUCCGCCAUUCCACCGGAGAUCUGAUAUGCAGCACGAUGGAUACACCUUUAGCCAAAUUGUUCGAAGAUACGGCUGUUUUUGACGGGGAGCGAGUUAUCCUGGAAUAUUCGGAUAAUGUACCUGAUAACGUAAUAGAUUCGUCUUUAUAUAAAUAAAUAUAUUGUAUGCAUGUUUUGCGUUGUAAUGAAAUUUAAAAAUAACGGUCCACUAAUCACGCAACUAUUGGAACAGCAUGAUUUUUCUUCAUGCUUGUGAUAUUUUAUACGAUUCUCUCGGCAUAACUUGACUUAUCAAUGGCGAAAGAACACAGCUGUUAGAAUAAUACUUGUUUAUUACAAACUAGAAGGUUUUAUAUAUAUCAGUUUUACAUUUAUUCUUGACAAAGAGACACCUAAAUGCAUUAAACAAAUAAUUUAUACCAGAUUAUUGUCAGACUUGUUUAAAACAAGAGCAACGAUAUUUCGACUUUGGCACUGGACGUUUCUUGUCUCAUAUACAUGAGUUAUGCUAACGCAGCGACAGAUAAAUGUCAAAUUAAUAAUAUCAUGUUCGAAAAACAAAAAUGUGCGCUCAUUCGUGAUUUCGUAAUACAGAUAUGGCAUUGCAUACACUAUAAGUGAAUGAGAAUUACCGUUAAUAAUUAUCAGUAUCGUAAGUUUCAACAGUGCACGUACAUCCACUUAUUUAUAGGAGAACAAUACUUAUUUGUAAUUAUUAAUUACAAAAGGAAAAAAAAAAAGGUAGAAGUAAAAACUGCUUACAUAUGCGUUACCCUAACAAUUAAAGGCGUUUUAAGAAAUCAAAACGGUUCGACCAUUUCAUUUACACCUAACUAGUACGAGCAAAUAAAUUUCUCAAAGAUUCAUUUACAAGGUGACAUUCGUCUCUAAUCACAAAUUCAUUAUGCUCUAACUUACUUAUCUCAAUGGAAGUAACAUAUGCAGAAAGUGUGCACAACGACUAUCUGGCGUUAUCUGAAAUAAGCUCCCUUAUGAAAUAAGCUCCUAUGUCACUUAUUAAUAGUACAUCAGUGUUAACCAUUAAAACAACUUUGUGUCGAUGCUGAAAA